AUGGAUACAGGUACUCCACACAGUUACCCAGGCCUGAAGACUACCAUUUUGCGGUGGCCCUCUCUGGAGUCUGGCAUGCGUGUCUCUCCUCGCUUCUGCCCUUGCUUUAACACAAAGUCCGUGCGAGUGCAAGGGAAAAAGUCAAAACGGGCCACUCUUUUUCUGCUUCCCAAGGGCCAACGGGCGUGCCCAUAUUGGGGAGCAGUGUUGCAAGCAAGGCCGCUGGUUGAAGCCAAGCGAUGGAAGCGUAGCGUUCAGAGAGACUCAUUGAAGGGCCAGCAUACAACUAUGUCGAUACGAAAAAGUGUGUACGGAGUAGUCUUUACGUACGCGGAUAUCAUAGAACGUCGGAAGUACCAUACAGGCUGUACUGACUAUUCUCACAGGAAGACAUGUGCGAGGCCAAGCCUUCCAUGCUUGUGCUUUGCUCGGGCUGACGAGCAAGACAGGCUUCGUUUCCCUUUCUCCUCAUCUUCUAUUCCCACUCACCGAGUCACCACUCACCACUCACCACUCAGCAGUCUCCUUUGCUCUCUCUGCUGGAUCUUUCGUACUCUACUUCUGAUGCGCACGGACUGGCGCAUGUAUUGCCAGCUAGCAUCCGUAGACGCUAGCUCUGUAUACCCGCAUGCGGUCGCCAGCCCGCCAGACAUCGAUCCUAGAUGGUGGCAGCUGAGUGAGAGAGAGGGUGAGAGGGAAGAGGGAGAGAGAGGAGCCUGA